UUGCGUUCAAAGAAAUUCACCCGCAAUGCGCUUGGAAAUGAAAUGUCGCAAACACGUCAGACCACCCCACACAAUCUGACUGAAGGCUACCCUGUGGCAAACCUGACCUUAGUUGUCCUCCUGCUCAUCCCCUUUGUGGUCAUUCUCCUUCUGCUGAACUGUCUCUUCCUGGGCUACAAGGUCCUGGUUCUGUCAAAGAAGAACAGCAGACCGAGGCGGGAGGACACCGAGGAGAUGCUCCUGCGAUCCGCCCUGCCGAGACUCAGAAUAUCCGACGUGGCCUUUUCCUCUCUGCGGGACGGGAGGACAGCCUACAUGUCCCUGUCGGAGCCCGUCCUGUCCCACCCGGUCACUUCUUCAAGGGCGUCGUCCAGAGACGGAGCCGGGUCGACUAACAGGAUCCGGCUGCUGAGGCCCGACGGUGCGACUGGCUCCGGGUCUCUGAGGGCGCCGAGCACCAUCCGGGCCGCGUCCUCCGCGCAGGGCUUCACUCCGAGGCUCCACAUGCCUUCCAGCUCACCAUCUUACAGUGACAGUAAGCCAGGCUGGUGUCGGAGUGCUCCGGUUUUACUGCAGUCCAGCGAUUCAGAGGCUAACUCCAGAGUACACCUGGUUCCACCAAACUCUCCAAUGGAGGAAGCGGAGCAUGUGGAUCACAUUCGUCAGAGCAGUACUUACGAGAAGCUAACGGAAGUGAAUGCAGCCGCUCCUGUGCAUCCGUACGACAAGCUGUUCAUGGAGUGUGAGCACAUGAACUCAACCUCAGAGACAUCCAGUCAGAACUCAUCUGCUGUGGGUCCUGGGCUGGACAGUGACUUCGGAGCAAGUGCAGGUGUCUCCCUUCGCAUUUUGUCUGCAGAUAGCGACGGCCUGUCCAACGGACUGCUGUCUUCAGCGCUGGAGUGGGAUUAUUACGAUCCCUGUUAUGUCAGACAGAAUAAUAUACCCAAACAUAAUCACCACAGGCCUGUGAUCCACACAAAACAGUACUGGGUAUAGUUAGCAAUUUUCUUAAUGUAGAUUUUAAAUGUUUGUUCCAAAUAGCAUACCGGUGUGCGUGUUUUAAUAUGAGUUUUUG